GCCAGUCCACUUCUCCAGCCUUCUCCAUUUGGUAACCGCUUAUUUCCUUCCAAUUUCCAGACUUCUUUUUUGACUUGCCUUUCUCUUCCUUUCCACGCUCUUUCUUUCCCUUCAUUCUUUAAAAAUAAGAAAACAAACAAUAACACAAUUCCCCAGGAAAUCAAAUUACCCCCACAACACAAACAUGCGACCAAAGAAUGAACUAACCAACCAUAAUCCCCAAAUAACCUUUCGUCAUCGUCACCCUCUCCAUCGCUUUCCUUCCUCUCUUUCUCUCUGACUCUUCCUCCACUUUCUCCCAAUCCAAACAAGGUACAACAAUAAACCCCUCACCGAUUUCAUUCUACGACUCAGUCAACCCACCUGUUCAUGGAAGAGAAACGAAUAGACGAGGAGCUCACCUAUCCUAUCCUACUCGCUGAGCGAGUCCGCUCUGCCGUCGAGGAGGCCGAUUCCUUCAAGAUAGAGUGUAGCAGCAUCGGCAAUUACGCCGAUAUGCUUGCCGAGAAGCUUCGGUUACUUGUCCGCUUCACCUGCUCUGCUCAAUCGUUGUAUGAGCGGCCUGUUCGUCGGAUUGUCGCUGAGGUUUUUAAGAAUCUUGACCGUACCCUAACCCUAGUACGCAAGUGUAAGCGCCGAAGUGUGCUGCGCCGGGUUGUCACGAUCAUCAGCGCCACUGAUUUCAGGAAAGUGCAAAAUCUCCUUGAAGCUUCUGUUGGGGACAUGAAGUGGCUCGAGAGUAUCUUAGGCUUCGGAAAUGGGGCUGCAGGUGAGGAUGUUGGUAUUGAUCUUACUCUUCCGCCAAUUGCAAGCAACGAUCCAAUUCUCGCUUGGGUUUGGUCCUCUAUCGCUUCUAUUCAUGUACGCCCAUUACCUGAGAAAAUCGAAGCUGCUAAUCAACUCGCCCAGCUUGCCCAAGAUAAUGAUCGAAACAAACAAAUUAUAGUGGAAGAAGCCGGUGUUCCACCGCUGUUGAAGCUUUUAAAGGAGACUGGUUCACCGGAGGCACAAAUUGCCAGUGCCACCGCACUUCUAUACCUGGCUAAUGAUCAGGAGAGGGUAACGGCUAUUGUGAACGAACAAGGGGUUCCAAUUGUAGUCAAAGUGUUGGCGGAUUCACCAAUGAGGGUUCAGACUCUGACAGCCAGUUUGGUAGCAAAAAUGGCGGAGCAUGAUUCCGUUGCGCAGGAUGAUUUCGCGAGGGAGAAUGCAAUUCGACCGCUUGUCACACUGCUCUCCUUUGAGACUUUCUCCGAUGACCAAACGGUUCAGCUGGGUAAGCAGAGUAUUCAUUCUAUCGUCCAGAUUAAUAAAGAAAUAGAUAAAAUAUCGAUGAAUGGGUCGAAGAAUAAUCACCAUUAUAGGCCAUACAUGACUUCAUUUUCGAGUUUUCACUCGGAGGGGAGUAGUAGAGGUGGAAAUAGGAAAGAUAGGGAAAAUGAGAGGCCUGAAAUAAAGCUUAAGUUGAAAAUUAGUUGUGCGGAGGCUUUGUGGAUGCUUGCUAGGGGAAGUGUGUCAAAUAGUAAGAGAAUAACUGAGACAAAAGGUCUGCUUUGUUUGGCGAAAUUGGUUGAAAAGGAAGAAGGGGAAUUGCAAUACAAUUGUUUGAUGACUAUAAAGGAGAUAACUGCAGCAGCUGAAUCCAAUGCUGACCUUAGACGUGCAGCUUUUAAGACUAAUUCCCCUGCUGCUAAGGCAGUUAUUGAUCAGCUCUUGAGGGUGAUUAAAGAAUUUGACAGUCCAAGACUGCAAAUCCCAGCUAUAAGAUCAAUUGGUUCAUUGGCUAGGACUUUUCCUGCUAGAGAAACUCGAGUUAUCGGUCCUUUAGUUGCCCAGCUUGGCAAUACUAGAAGCCAAGAGGUGGCAACAGAAGCUGCCAUUGCACUGGGGAAGUUCACUUGUCCAGAUAAUUUUUUGCACGAUGCUCAUUCGAAAGCAAUAGUGGAGUUCAAUGGUGUACCACCUUUGAUGAGAUUGCUGAGAGGGAACGAACGGGCUCAGUUUCAUGGAUUGAUUCUCCUAUGUUAUCUUGUAAUACAUUCUGGGAACAAUGAAGCUCUGGAACAAGCCAGGGUGUUGACUGCCCUUGAGGGGGCAGAUCGCACGGUGGUUGCACAACAUCCUGAGUUGAGAGAAUUGGUGUCUAAGGCUAUUUAUCACAUCAAUCUCUAUCACACCAGUGCUCAUUCUCAAAGGUUUUCAUAUGUACCUUGACACUAUAGCAGUUUGGGAAUUCUCUUUUUUCCUUUUUUCUUUUUUUGGUGGGGGGGAAGGGGAUUGAUUUUUGUUGUUGUUCAUAGUUGGACCAGGGUGUGGCAUUCUAAAAGCAAGGCGUACAGAAAUACAUUAGUGGGUUCACCAGGGAAAGAAUUGGAAGUUAAUUGAAAGUAGAGUUUUCUUGAAAGCAUAUGGUUGGUUGGUUUAGCUUUUAAUUAACAUAAUAUCAAAUUUGACCAUUUUCCUUUC